AUGUUCCCCCUGAGCCCCCUUGGCCUUCUCCCUCUCACAUUCCUACUCGCUGGGACCGUCGUCGGGCUACCGCCAUCCUCAUCGGCCCCAUCUGCGACCCGGCCCAGAGCAGCGCUGGCCCUCGCCGCCGCUCCUCCUCCCGCCGUGCCACCCCCGGUCCGGCAGUACGACCAAGAUCUCGGCAACGACACGCAGAAUGGACUCGUCGAGGGGCGGUGCGCGGCCGUGACGGUGCUCUUUGCGCGCGGCACCCUCGAGUCCGGAAACGUCGGCACCUUUGCCGGCCCGCCCUUCUUCCAGGCCUUGGCGGCGCGCCUGGGGCCCGAGAGGCUCAACGUGCAGGGUGUCGAGUACCCUGCGGUUUCCAAGGGGUUCUUUAGUGGAGGGGACGCUUCUGGGUCGUCCAAGAUGGCUCAGCUCGCGACUGAAGCAGGGCAGCAAUGCCCAGGAACAAAGGUUGUCUUGUCCGGGUAUUCCCAAGGCGGUCAGCUCGUUCACAACGCUGCGCGGAUACUGGGCCCGCAAGGCAUAUCAGUUGUAUCCGCGGCUGUGACGUUUGGGGAUCCAUAUAACCCAGCGCCGGUACCAGGCCUGCCAUCAGACGACAGCAUGAUCUUCUGCCACACCGGCGACGACAUAUGCAAGGGCGGCGAGCAGCUCUUCGAUCCUCACUUUACGUACAACCGGGACGCCGGGGCGGCGGCGGACUUCAUCGUCAGGAUAACAAAGAUGAACGGUCCGCCAGGAGGGGGAAACAUGGCGCCUCUGCCGUUUCCUGUGCCGCCAAAUCCGAAUAACGCAAACUCUGGAGUUGGGGCUGUUCGCAUCACUAAUGCAAAUCCCGACAGGAACCAUGACUAA